UCAGCUCCGCUCCGCGGCAACCGCGCGAAAUGCAGCCGCCAACUUCACAAAAUCGCUGCUGUUGCGAUGGCCUCUUUUUUCCUGGAUAAAUAUCCUCGCUGAAGCUAUACACGUGAAAGAAAUUAUGGAUUCGCUGAGGAGGUGGUUAAAAAAGCCUUCUGGACGUCAUGGUGCAACCUCGCCCGCUCCAUCUGCCACACACUCCACAAACGGACCAACAACACCUUCUGGCACCACGGUAGAGGCGGGUAGUCCUACCCCCGCGCCCGGCGACCAUGAUGACGUACACCGAUCCAAUAUAGACGCAAGAACAACAGCGCAUCACCAGCCAGCCGCUACGUCGCAAGCUCCACCUCCCGCACCAUCCAUUGAACCCCGAGCCGAGCUAAAAGCGAUCGAGUCCGCAUCAGAGCAAUUGACUCCUGUCCUUCCUACGUCCCAGCGACUCUGGGACGCCGCAUACAACUGCCUCGCGGAGGACAAGGACACCGCAAAGCUUGUCGAGUCGUACAUGGAAACCCUGGACAGAGUUCUAGGGGACAGGACUGGUAAACCCGCCGUCGACGUUUCCGCAACACUGAAAGACCCGAGCCAGCGGCAGGCGCACAUGAGAAAGCUGGUAGAGGAAGGUCAAGCAAAGAUUUCCAAGCUGUCGAAGAUCACGCAGGGAGUCGGGGAUGCCGUCCAAUUCGUUCUCUCAGCCAAGGCCAUGGUCGACUUGGCGAUCCAGAAUAUACCGCAAGCAGCGCUGCCGUGGGCUGGUGUUUGCAUUGGACUGCAGAUCCUGCUGAAUCCUGCUGAAGCAAUAGAGUCCAACCUGGCGGGCAUCGUGCAUGUUAUCUCCCGGAUGGACUGGUAUUGUGCCUUGACCGAACAUAUCCUAAGCCAGAACAACAUUGUGGUAGGGAAGGAGAGCUUCAAGUCUGUCCAGCUUCAGUUGGAAAACAGGAUCGUUGAGCUCUACAAGGCUCUCCUUCUGUAUCAGAUGGAGAGCGUUUGCUCUUUCUACCGGCAUAAAACCUGGAUCGUUCUCCGUGGCCUUGCGAAGGUCGACGACUGGGAUGCCUAUCUGAAGAGUGUCACAGAUACCGAGGCAACUCUUCAGACUGAUCUGAAUCAGUUUAACAGUCAGCAUACCAAGAGCCUCCUAGGGAAGCUUGAUGGCAACACUCUGCGCAAGGAGAUUCACCGAGAUGAGAAGGAUACGCAAUGCCUCCAAGACCUCCGCCUAACCGACCCGCGCGACGACAAGAAGCGCAUCCAAAACACGAAAGGUGGCCUGUUACGAGACGCGUAUCACUGGAUCCUUGACAACACUGAAUUCCAACAAUGGCGCAAUAGCCUGGACAGCAACCUGCUCUGGAUCAAGGGCGAUCCCGGCAAGGGCAAGACAAUGUUACUCUGCGGUAUUAUCGAUGAGCUG